UCAUGACCGCGACAUUCAUCACAACUCUGUCAUUCUAUUAGCCCUACAGCGGACGUCAUCUACAGUCCGAUCAUACCUUAUCCAUCCAAUUCUUGCCUUCCUGCUACAGGAGGGCUCACGACUUCGGAACCUCGUACCAGAUCCCAUUGCAUCUGGUGCAGGUUUAAUCGGCGCUUCAUCUCGCACGAGAUAUUUCGCAGUCGUUUCUCCCCCUAGCUCGGCAACGUGUCGAGAGAGAUAGGUUCGGCGUUGGCCGACGGCCUAGACAGGCUGGAUCUGAGUCAACUGUCUGAAUCGACGCCCUCGUCGUCCGCGUCCGACUCCUUCGACAUGUCGUCUUCGGAAGGGGCCCCGGAGUCCUGGAUCUCCUCGUUCUGCUCGCUGAUGGGUCAUGAGUUCUUUGCGGAAGUGUCGGAGGACUUUAUCGAAGAUGACUUCAACCUGACGGGUCUGCAAUCGCAGGUGCCUAUGUACAAGGAGGCCUUGGAAAUGAUCCUGGACGUGGAACCCGAGGAGGACGAGGAAGAUGAGGAAGAGGAGGAGGAAGAGGAGGACGAGGACGAGAUUCUAGGAGAUGAGAAGCCGCCAGGAUACCGCAGGGCAGGGGAACGGCGGCAUGCACGAGUCGCGAGUGAUCUGAGCGACAUCGAGAGCUCUGCCGAAUUGCUUUACGGACUGAUCCACCAGCGCUACAUCACUUCACGGCCCGGUAUCCAGCAGAUGCUGGAGAAGUAUGAGAUGCAACAUUUCGGUGUCUGCCCACGAGUCUAUUGCAACGGAUGCAAGGUUCUGCCUGUCGGACGUUCCGACACGCCUGGCCAAGAGACGGUCAAAUUGUUCUGCCCUAGUUGCCAAGAUCUCUACACUCCCCCGAACAGUCGGUUCCACUCGGUCGACGGAGCUUUCUUUGGAACUACCUUUGGUUGCCUGUUCUUUAUGACCUUCCCAGACCUCGAUAUCGGACCCCGGCUGGACAGCUCCCUCGCCGCGUUAUCACCGACCCGCUCCUCCUCCUUGACAUCUUCUUCGAUCAACAACCAAGUGGUACCGGAUGUGCCUCCUCCCAACCAGCCUGUUGAGAUCAACGGCGUGCGUACCGUCAACUUCAGCCCGGGUCUUGGACCGGGUCGGAUCUACGAAUCCCGAAUCUAUGGCUUCCGCGUGUCGGAACGCUCACGCUCAGGACCGCGCAUGAAGUGGCUGCGGAUGAAGCCUCUUGAUGUACGGGAACUGGAUGAGCUGGCACGGUACGAGGCGCUGCACGGGGAGGCUGAUAAUGCUGAUAAUGAUGGGGACACGGAAAUGGGGAGCGCCCCCGGCAGCGCACAGAGUGCCGCCAUUGCGAAAAGGAAAAAGGCGCCCAUGCGCAGACGGCGAUACAAUCCUAACCAGAUGAGCAUCAACGGAGCGGAGGCCGGAUAACGGGUCGCCAUUGUCUUUGUGCUUUUUCUGUUAGGAUAGCUAUUUGAGGGGUGUUUUACAUCUCUCUUAAUCCUUUCUGUUCUUUUUUUCAUUUAUAUAUUCUUAUGCUCUUCAUCUCU